CAUUGAGGUCCGCAAUGAUCAGGAGCCGGGUAUGACGCCGCUGACUAGAGCAGCGAAUAUAAGGCUGAAUGAGCUGCGAUGACUACCCAUUCGUAUCUACCAUCCAUCCAUCCACCAUGAGACCGUGCAAUGUACUGUCGAGACUGGCAUCCCUCCUCGUAGCCGCGGCUGUCGCUCUUCCGUCCUCCACAGCCGCCACAUCGUCGUCGCUCCAUGAAUUGCACAACCUGGUCCGACGAGCUUCCGCUGGCUCCGGCGCACCCAAUGCCUCUCUGGUGGACACAGCUCGCAUGGGUCUGCUCUCCUCACAGCGUGCCUCAUGGGAGCAGGGCACAGCGCAGUCAGCCCUACUCGAGUAUGACGCAGGAUCAUGGAGCGUAUUCGCUGGCGGGCAUGGGAACGGUCCUCCGUAUAGACCGGGAUUUCAGCCGUCUAAGACCCCCGACGGUGUCCCCUUGGCUGUGCUCAGCAUGGCCUACCACUCCGCCACAGCGCAGGACGGCAUGGGCAAGCUGGGAAUGAGCAUCACGGGCGACGAGAACAUGACCGACGGGUCAGCCCUCGACUCGGCUUCUUGUGGUGAAGGGGUGCUUCUUGCUGCUUUCGUGGCGAAGCAGAUCAAUGCAACCCGAGGCUUCUGGAUCAACGCGGCGCAGGAUCAGCUCGACUAUGUGCUGAACGAAGCGCCUCGCACCGAGGCUGGAGCCAUCUCCCACCGCACGCGCACCGUGGCUCUUUGGAGCGACGCAGUCUACAUGAUGCCGCCUUUCCUUGCUGCUUAUGGCCUGUACACCAACAACCAGUCUCUGUUGCAGACGGCGUACGAUCAGAUUCGUCUCUACAGGCAGGCAAUGCGUUUUCCUGAUGGGCCUGGCGAGGGGCUUUGGGGUCAUAUCCUGGCUUACAGCGCAAAUGGAACGGCGAGGUGGUUGGAUGGGCAGGCGUGGACAACUGGAGAGGGGUGGGUCGCGGCGGGAAUGCUGAGGACGCUAGCCAGCAUUGCGCAAAGCCCGUACUCAACGCAAAUGGCCAGUCAGAAGGCGGAUCUUGUGGCGUGGACCAAGGAAAUCCUCGACGCCUCUUUCCCCCUGCUCGACUCCUCGAGCUCCCUCUUCCACAACUACAUGAACGACACUACCACCUUCCGCGAUACGGCGGGCUCGACUUUCCUUGCUUACGCGGCAUACCGCCUGGCAUCGAUGAGCCCGAGCGACGAUACUCACCUCGCUGCAGCAGAGAAGAUCUACCAGGCGACCCAGGGCCAGCUGACGCGUAUUGGCUCGUACUUGACUCCUGUCGUCAACGCGCUCGACUUUGGUGCGCAAGGAAGCACGAGUCCUGAGGCGUUGUCAUUUACUAUGCUGCUCGAGGCAGCGAGGAGAGACUAUCACGCAGGGAAUGUCACGGGCGUCGAUGGGCCGGGUACUGGGCGUAAUGGAGCGAUGCCUGGCAUCAAGGGCGGGGUGGCCGCGCCUGUACUGGUCGCUGCGGUCACGGCUACACUGCUUCUGCUCCUGUCGUAAUCGUCGCAGUGAUAUGGGAGCUGCUGGCAUGCUCUCGAUUCCUCUCAUAGAUAGAUAGGUGCUUGUUUGUUGUACAAUACAUAUGUUCAGCCG